AUGAAUCCUGGUGUUAACCCGGACGGGACACCAGUUAAGAGGCGUCCGGGUCGACCGAAAGGCAGCGGCAAGAAAUCCGCUGAUCCAAACGCCCCUCCACGAGAAAAGAGGCCCGUUGGACGUCCCCGAAAGGACGGGUUGCCCGCUGGAUCCGUUCCGGGGACCAGGCGACCUCCUGGUCGACCGCGCAAGCGUCCACCUGGGGAUUUUGCUACUCAGGGGCUCGGUUCAGCUUCGGCACCACCUGGGUCGGUGUCUGGCGCGAGCCGCAAGCGUCCCCGGCGUGCGUCGAACAUUGACCCCAGUCUUGACCGAGACGAUUGGUUUGAACUUGCUCGCAAGAAGCCGGAUAUGCUGCUUCAUGCCCUCAUUGGAUCCCUAGCAGCGCCCAGCCCUGUGUCGCGCCUAGGGCUCAGCGUAGAGGACGCGUUCAAAAUUCAUCUGGGGUCUCUCCAGCAGAAUGUCAAGGGCCAGACUAGUAUUCCCUCCUUCUACUCUAUCAUGAGGACGUUCUGGCUACCCUCCUCCCCCGCGUACUUCGUCUUGACUGCUCCGGCCUCAAGUGCUCGUCCGCUGUUCGAGCACCGUUUCCUCUACUGGGAUCCGCAGCCCCUGGUCUUCAAUGGAAUUGCCUGUUCUCACUGCACUUCACCGCUUGAGAAUAACGGGCGCAUUCGCUCUGGACCCAUCAAGGUGUAUGAUCUCGGUGAACCGUUUUAUAUCAUUGGAUGCGAAUACGUUUGCAAGAGUGCCACCUGCGUAGCCGCUACCUCCGCUGAGGGUCGGAAGUACGCGAGCACAGACUAUUCUAUCCUACGUGCCUUGCCUCACAUCCUACUCCAAGAAUUCCCUGCACAGCUUUGGAAUGGCUUGUCAGAUCUAGGUAGUGGUCCUACCAUCUGGAACUGGCAAGCGCUGGGUGUGUCCAAGGCGCUCUGGAAUAUGGUCCUCGGAUGCCUGACCGUUGGCAUGGGCAAGGGCGAGAUAUUGUCCGUCAUUCGGGGUAUCCACAACGGAGUCCCGGAUAACGCGUUUAAUCGCGACAAGGAGGAGGAGGAAGAGGGCGACGAACAAGAGGUUGCCCGAGAUGUCCAAGGUGCCGAAGAAAAUCCUGAGGGUCAACCUGAAGCUGGGGCAGAUACCCAAGAGCAGAACCACGACGAUGAAUACAACAGCGAAUGGAAUGGUGCUCAUGCUGCAUCGGACGGUAGUCAACAGCCGCCCAAUUCAUCGGGCCCAGCUCAGUCGAGCCCAGUCCCGGCUAACGUAUCCCCCCAUGUUCGCGAGAUCGGCCCGCCGCAACAGCAGCAGCACCAUUUCCAAACCUUUGGACAGGCCGCGGAAUAUAUGCCGUAUCCAAGUCCGUACACUGCCUUUCCAUAUUAUCAGCAGUCCACUCAAGCGUUGACUUCCGCGUCUCACCAGCCUACUAGUGGCGGAUCGGGGCGGCCGUACGACGGCAUGGCGCUAGACCCAGAGGCUGGCAUGGAGCAGGUCCACAAACGUGUAAGGCAUUGUUGUAAGUGCGGGUCGAACGAGUGUAAGGGGAAGGGGGGGAGGGCGUUUUGUACGAAUCCGUGUCAGGAUUGUGGUAAGAUGGAGUGUAAGGGACGCAACAGCAAGAGGCCGGACAAGACUUGUAUGGAGGCGUGGCCUUGAAGAUUAAGUGGACUCUGCUAGACUGUUGUACUCUGGGUUCCCUUCGUUUAUCGCCGUGUAAAGUGCUUUAUGAAUCUGCUGUGAAGUAGGUGUCGGUGGACUCUAUAUUCUACGAGGUUUAUCUACGUUUGCCUGUAGUUAAAUACGUCAGGUACUGUGAUGUGCAAAAUGUUGGCCAUGCGAAUGAGAUUCCUGUGAUAGCGU